CAAAGUUACUAACUCCUUUGUCUGGUGGCUCUGCUGUUGCAGUCAUGAGGAACUUUGUGUUCCUCCUGCUGGUGUUGACGGCGGGCUCCACCAGCAAGACUCGCAGCAGCUGGUGUGACCUGGGCUGCGACUGUCGAGGAGACCUCAAGUUCACCAUCUGCUCCCGGGCUCUCUUCACUCAGCUGCCCGACAGGGUCCCGCCCAGCACUGAGCUCCUGGAUCUGUCGGACAACCACAUCUCCAUCAUACCUGAGCGCUCAUUCAGCAAGAACCGCAAACUCCGAGUCCUCCUUCUACAGAACAACAACAUCAGCGUUGUGGAAGAUGGAGGCUUCUCCCACCUGGAGUUCCUUCAAAAGCUAGACCUAAGCUGGAACCAGAUCUCCGUCCUGACCGAGGGCUUCACCCUCGGCCUGGCUUCCCUGCGUGAGUUGCUGCUUGCCCACAACCGCCUGACCAUCCUGGACACUGUGAGCUUCCUACAUCUGGAUGGCCUCCAGAGGUUAAACCUGACCAGUAAUGCCAUUUCCAUCAUCCAGGUGAGGUCUUUCUCCUCCAUGAGCACCUUACGGCAGCUCCACCUGGAGGACAAUCAGCUGACAUCCCUGAGGAGUGGUAUCUUCUCAAUGCUGCGCUCUCUGGAAGUCCUUAACCUGGCUGGAAACCACAUCAGUGACAUGGAGAUGUCUGUUUUUAAGCCGCUCGUCAGCAUGACUCUGCUCAACCUCGCCAACAACCAGCUCUCCACUCUGUCCUUCAAAACCUUCCAGAGCAUUCACACCUACAGCACCCACGUCGGAAACCCCUGGAACUGUGACUGCGACCUUCAGAGACUUUUCAGGAAGCUCCGCAGCAUCCAGAGGCUCUUCCUGGACGACUACUUCAAUCUGACCUGCAGGACACCACCCGUCCUGCAGGACUACAGGCUGAUGGACGUGGACACGGAGCUGUGCAUUGCUGAAACAGUCACGGUGCUCAUCAUUACAGUCACGGUGGUGAUCACAGUGCUGGCCGCCAUGCUGAUGGGUGAGAGGAAAAGGAAGAAGAAAAAGAAGAAGAAGCACUGGACGCAGCAGGGGGAGCUCUCAGAUGAGUCAGACUACUGAGACACAACCUUUCCUUUAGGGUCUUUUUUUAAAAGUUCUAUGCUCUUUUUUGUGUCUAUUUUUAAAUUCAGUAUUGUCUCCAGGGUCUUUGUAUUCGAGGUGAAAUCCCACCUGGUUACCAGAAGUGUAGUUCCAAGUAACAGGUCUUUCUUAAGUCUUAAUCUACAUGAGAGGAGAUGGGUUUCCUGGUUAGGUGAUCUACACUCCUGGUUCUACCAUUACCUCUUUUAAACAUGUCCAUUUUACCAUUCUUUCCCCUCUACAGGAGCUGGAUGCGACUUUCAGAUGAGUCAGACUACCCUGACCCUGAGAACUGUAGUUCUGUAAGGUAGAAAGAGAAUACAAUGAACUGGUUAAUCUUUCACAAUCUUCUUUGUGUGCUUUAGUAUUGCUUUAGUGUCUCUGUAAUAUAACAAAAAAAUACAUUUCAUAAAUACAUUUUUAUUUUAAGUAUAUUUUUAUAUAAAGCAGUGUUUGUGUGUUGCUAAUGUCCCUUGUGUAACUAUAAAUAAAACAGAAUAACGUGAUACACGUGCGUGUAUUGUGUGUGUGUUCGUGGUUGAAGACCGCACCGGGGCAGUUACAGUAGAGCCUAUAGCGACCUCUGCUGGUUACAACCUGUUAUACAAACUGUGUAGGAACAGCCUGAAGCUGCACUGUUUUUCCCCAGUGUAACGUAUGGGUGUGGUUUGUUUACAGAUGAGGAAUCAAUAUCUCUGUCCUUUAGCUUUUCAGAAAUCGUUCUACCUUAGUUUUUACUUUUUACAUGGUGUGGUGUUUAUAUGUUAAUAAAUAAAAAUGUAUAUAAAUGCUGCUCUUAAAUCCGAAAAGUUUUUUUAUAUAUAUUGUGCAAAAAUGCAAUGGUGUAUAUUAUGUCAACUAAUAUACUUUUUAGCUUCUCUAAAACAUUGUCCCGUACAUUGAUUUCAAAUGUUCAUUUAAAACUGAUUUUGUUAAAUGCGUUUAACGUUUCAGUUUUUUCUACUAAACCAGAACAUUUGCAGAGCUUGUUUUAUUCAAUAGAAUUACGCGGAGAUUUCAGGUCUACACUUUCCACUCU